GCGGGCGCAUCCGCUGUUGGCGGCGUGGGCGCGCGUUGCCGGGCAGUCAGCUGGGCGCGGGGCGAUAAGAGGCGGGCGGCGGAGGGCGGCCGCACAGGGAGCUCGGUCGCGUCCUGCCGGUCAUCGGGUGGGGAGGAAGGCGUCCGCUCCGCUAUGGCUGAGACGAUCGCCGACACCCGGCGGCUGAUUAGCAAGCCGCAGAACCUCAACGACGCGUACGGGCCUCCCAGCAACUUCCUAGAGAUCGACGUGGGCAACCCGCAGACAGUGGGAGUGGGCCGCGGCCGCUUCACCACCUACGAGAUCCGCGUCAAGACAAAUCUUCCUAUCUUCAAAUUGAAAGAAUCUACAGUCAGAAGAAGAUACAGUGACUUUGAGUGGCUAAGAAAUGAACUAGAAAGAGAAAGCAAGGUCGUGGUACCACCUUUACCAGGAAAAGCUCUUCUUCGUCAGCUCCCCUUCCGAGGAGAUGAUGGCAUAUUUGAUGAUUCCUUUAUAGAGGAAAGGAAGCAAGCACUUGAGCAGUUCAUAAACAAGGUUGCAGGCCACCCACUGGCACAGAAUGAGCGUUGUCUUCAUAUGUUCUUACAAGAUGAAGUAAUAGACAAAAACUACACACCGUCCAAAAUAAGACAUACUUGAAUUCUGAAAUCCUUUCCAAACAUUAGUGGUUCUUAUGCUUGAUUUUUAAGAGGCUGUAGUUUGUCUUAGCAUGCUGAGGAUAAACAGGCACAAAGUCUCCACUAACAUCAGUACACUGCUUGGUCUUUGCAUAUACUUUAUAGCAUUAAAAAACUCACUUGUCUUUUAGCUAAAUCCCUCUGAUUCAAGAAUACUAUAUUAUGAUACCAUCCACCCCUUGCAAUGUCUCACAGAUCUUUCCACUCACUUGCAAUGACUUAACAAUGUUUACUGACUUGGCCUUACUUGAACUUGCACAGUUGUAGUGUCACAUGUUCACUUGUAUUUGACUAAACUGCUAUGCUUUCUGAGGUAGUUGUUUGUCUGAACUUCUUUGAGACUGCUUUCUUUCUGAUAACCCUGUGUGAGAUACACUUAUGCAAUUGUCUCCAAGCUUGUAAAACACUUUAUACUGAAGUAAUGAGGGAAUUAUCUUUAUAUUCUGUAAGAGGAAAAAAAAUAAUCAAAUUUAUAUACUAAAAUAACCUGUCUAAAGUUUUGAAAUAAAAGUGAAAAUGCACUUCAGAAGUUUGUCACUCUUGA